AUGCGAUCGUCGACCGUCGACCCACCGUGUCCAGAUCGUGUUUCCGCAUGCGCGUCACCAUUCCUCCUAACCACUCCACGGACUCGCUUCCGCGUCCGUCAAACCGACCAUGAACUCGAGGCCGAAGGCCUACAAGAGCUCCCAACAGCGAAGCGGCGAUGGCGCUACUCCCGUACAUACGUCACCGACGGGCAGGCAAGGUCGCUGCGGACCGGCCGAAAGAGGGUCGACGCUUACCCUACGCCUUACCGUGACUACGAUCACAUCUCCUCGACUGCCCUAGAGUCGUUCGUCCCAGAGGCGUACACGCUAUCUGAACACGGACACCUCCAUAACAUUCGUGAUGGGGUUGCAGGUGAUCACGCAGCAUUGUUCGGAGCGGUUUCCGUCGAACCCUCGCUCUUACCGGACGCGGAGUUGGAUGCUCUAUUACACGGACUCUGUGAUCCGUACAGCACAUCGGUCGCAUAUCUCAUCUUGCGCUAG